CAACACGUUUAUCAAAAUGGCAGAAGCUAGCGACUGGAUAGUUGCAUUUUGCAUGAUCAUUCAAACCCUUGUGGCCGUUGUUGGUUUGGUUUAUUUCCGAGGUUGGUAUGAACGGAAAAAAAUGAAGAACGAGCAAAAGGUAGCCAGACAGAGAGAAGCGAGGGAAGCCAGAGAGAGAGAAAUGGAACGAGAAGAAGCCAGACAGAGAGAAACGAGGGAAGCCAGAGAGAGAGAAAGAGAACGAGAGGAAGCCAGACAGAGAGAAACGAGGGAAGCCAGAGAGAGAGAAAGAGAACGAGAGGAAGCCAGACAGAAAGCGGAUAUGGAAAACAUUGCAGCAGUUCUCAGUCAACAAUACGACGACGUGGUAAAGAUUUUUGACAAAUUUAAGAAAAAUGUAGAUAAAUUAAAGGCAAAGAAUAUUACUGGUACAUUAACUGAAUUUCAUGUCUUACUGUACAUGUGUCACCCAGACAAUAUGGAAAGAUUUGGGACGCCUUUGUGUGAGCUUGUGAUUGCUAUUAGGUCAGUUAAAUCAGAUGUUGAGGAAAUAAUGAAGUUAUUCAUGGAAUUCCAUGUUAAGUUAUGUUUUAACAUUCACGGUAGAGCAUGUCCGGAGGAUAUUAAGUUGGAAUUUUCUACCAAAAUCAUUGAAAUGGGUAAAACCAUUCAUCCUUUUGUGUCAACGCAUAGACAAAACGUUAUUAAGAAGGUGUUAGAGUACUUUGGGUAUACUGAUGCACGAAAUAUCUCCAGCACAGAUGGACCUGAAACUCAGAACUUUGACCUUGUGCUUAUAAAUGCUACACCAGGGCCGAAUCAACAAGCCAAUGAUGAACUGAUGCCUUAUCCUGGGCAUGAUAAAAUAAAGCAAGCAAUUCCAUACAUUGAACACUUAAGGUAUGAAAGUGGUGAAAUGAAUUGCAAUAUUGCAUGCCCAAAUUCCUAUAUUAAACAUUUUGAACAGCAAGUUAAAUUUAAGACAAUACCUGACAUCAUGAGUAAAGAAGUUGAAAUUCGUGGUAAAAUACGCAAACUGUUGGAAUAUGCUCCCCAAGGUGAUCUUCUGCACUUAAUAAGAUUGGUGAUGUUGGAAAUCAAAAAUAAAAAUUAUGGCACUGAAGAAAAGCGACUUAAAGAAUUUUCGCUCUCUUUGGCCUUGAUUUGUGGGAAAAUAUGACACCACAAAUCGUGAAGAAUGUUUUCUUUGUUUGCUGUAUCAAUCAAUCAAUCAAGCGAAUGUAAUGUAAAUCUGUAUGUACAUUUUUUCUCUAUUUAAUUAAUACCAAUUAAAUCUAUACUAGUAAGGGAAAGUACAUUUAUUAUGCAGGGGGGGAUGAAGAUGUCUGUUGAAAAAAGCUCAUAUUUUUACAGGGCCCCUGUUGAGGUUAUUGGUAAAUUUUCAAUGCCCCCCCCUCCAGAAUUCGGAAUCGAGGGGGUACAAUCCGGAAUUCUUUCUUAUCAUAUAUACAAUUUCCAGUUCCUCAAAAUGUCUGAUAUACUCAAGCAUGUGCUUCUCGACAAAAAUACCGACCUGCUGCUUCCUUCACCUCACUAGCACCAGAUAAAAUGAUGCCGUCUUAAAAAAAUUUUAGAUUAGCUCUAGGGGCGAAAUUAUCAACAGGUUGUUGUUGUCCGUCAUUCAGCGUAGUCAGAGUCUUGAACACAUUCAUGUAGUGGCCAGGAUUUCCUGGAUCAGGGUAAUGUGCUGGAACCUUAGAGAAUGUCGCCCCCACCCAACAUAUCUCCUGGCAUCUGUUGCAAAUGUCUUUGCAUGCCUGUCAACAAUGCAUGCAAAAGUGCCAGUAUGCUUCAAUUUUUUGAAUCACGUUCAUCCCGUUUGUACUAAAUAUCCCAUAAAGAUAGAACAUAUCGUUCUUACAAAUCGUAUGCUUACAAAUCGUUACUUGUUACAAAUGCUUACAAAUCGUUACACAAACCUGGCGCCAAAAAAUUUAAAAUAAGCUGUAGGUGAUUUCAUGUAUCCAUUUAGAAGAGCAGACUAAGGAUAUCUUAAAACUGAAAUUGGUUUCGAAUACAACCAUCAGGGAUGUAGCAAAGCAUCUGACGUUUGGGGGGGGGAUGUCGGAGGAUUAUACGUGUAAUAAUUAUAGGGAGAAAAGGGGGGUCUAUGGGGUCCUCCCCCAGAAGGAUUUUCUUUCUGGUGUUUUCUAAAGCAACUUCGCAAACAAAUUGCAUGUAAAUUGAC